AUGGAUGAGAAUGACGACCUAAUUACUGGGGGUAUUCAGAGGAGAGGUCAUCAGCUCUUACACCUCAUUCCGCUGCGGCCAACAUGCGAUGUGAGCUCGCAGCAGCCGGGGUUCGCACCGCGAGGGCGGCAGACAGGGAGGAAUGUCUGCGGGGGACAGUGCUGCCCGGGAUGGACGACAGCAAACAGUACCAAUCAUUGUAUCAAACCCGUGUGCCAGCCACCCUGCCAGAAUCGAGGCUCCUGCAGCCGACCCCAGCUCUGCGUCUGCCGCUCUGGCUUCCGAGGGGCUCGCUGUGAGGAGGUCAUUCCUGAGGAGGAAUUUGACCCCCAGAGCUCCAGGCUGGCCCCCCCGUACUCGGCUGAGAGGGCACCUAACCUCCGCAGGAGCAGCAUGACCAGAGAAGGCCCUGUGGCCAGAACACAGCCACUGGCGCCACAGCCAUCACCAGCCAGGACUCUGAGUGCACUCAGCCAGACCCACCCUUCCCAGCAGCAUUUGGGGCUGUCCCGGACCGUCCGACGUUACCCAGCCACUGCCACCAGUGGACAGCUGACUUCCAAUGCUCUGCCUGCAGGAUCUGAACAGAGGAAUGGUGCCCAGCAGGCAGCACAUCUGGACUACCUCUCAUCCCCCCGGGGGCUGAAUCUCACGGAGAAAAUAAAGAAGAUCAAGAUCGUCUUCACCCCCACCAUCUGCAAGCAGACCUGUGCCCGUGGGCGCUGUACCAACAGCUGUGAACGGGGUGACACCACCACCCUGUACAGCCAGGGUGGCCAUGGGCAUGAUGCCAAGUCUGGCUUCCGCAUCUAUUUCUGCCAGAUCCCUUGCCUGAAUGGAGGCCGCUGCAUUGGCCGGGAUGAGUGCUGGUGCCCCACCAACUCCACCGGGAAGUUCUGCCACCUGCCUGCUCCGCAGCCGGACAGGGAACCUCCCAAGAGAGGCUCCCACCACAGGGCCCUGCUGGAAGGCCCUGUGCAGCAGUCUACCUUCACGCUGCCUCUCUCCAACCAGCUCGCUUCUGUGAACCCCUCCUUGGUGAAAGUGCACAUCCAUCAUCCACCUGAGGCCUCUGUGCAGAUCCACCAGGUGGCACGGGUGCGAAGCGAGGCUGACGGGUUCCUGGAGAACAGUGUGGAGACCAGAGCCCCACCCCGGCUCCCUGCCAAUCCCCGGCACAGCCACUGGGACGGCAACAGCAUCUUCACUCGAUCUGGAGAGCCCCCUCAGACACCACCCCAAGCGGUAUCCAGGCAUCAGGGACUGCUGGGUCGGUGUUACCUGAGCACUGUGAAUGGACAGUGUGCCAACCCCUUGCUGGAGCUGACUGCCCAGGAGGACUGUUGCAGUGGUAUGGGAGCCUUCUGGGGGGUGACCUCAUGUGCUCCAUGUCCACCAAGACCAGCCUCCCCGGUGAUGGAAGACGGCCAGCUGGACUGUCCCCUGGGGUACAAGAGACUGAACGUCACUCACUGUCAAGAUAUCAAUGAGUGCCUGGUCGUGGGGCUGUGCAAGGACCUGGAGUGUGUAAACACCAGAGGCAGCUACCUGUGCACAUGCAGACGGGGCCUGAUGCUGGAUCCAGCGCGGAGCCGCUGUGUAUCAGACAAAGCUGUCUCCAUGCAGCAGGGACUGUGCUACCGGUCACUGGGGCCUGGCACCUGUACCCUGCCUUUGGCCCAGAAGAUCACCAAGCAGAUAUGUUGCUGCAGCCGUGUGGGCAAAGCAUGGGGCAGCAAGUGUGAAAAAUGCCCCCUGCCUGGCACAGAGGCCUUCAGGGAGAUCUGCCCUGCUGGCCAUGGCUAUACCUACUCGAGCUCAGACAUCCGCCUGUCCAUGAGGAAAGCUGAAGAGGAGGAAUUGGCCAGGCCCUGGAGGGAGCAGGCGCAAAAGAGCAGCGCAGUUCUGCCUGGGCUGGAAGAGAGGCAGCCACUCCAGGAAGCCAACACCUGGCUGGAGGCUGAGACCAUCCCUGACAAGGGUGAGUCUCGGGCUGGCCAGGUCACAACCAGUGUCACCCAUCCACCUGCCUGGGUCCCAGUGGAUGCCAUCGGAAGACCAACACUACCACGGCCUGAACAGGGGAUUCCAGAGACCCAGGAAGAAGAGCAUGUGGCCCCUUCCGCUGAUGGGCUGGUGACCUCAGCUCCUCCAGGUACUGACAGAUGUGCUGCUGGAGCCACCAACAUCUGUGGCCCAGGAACCUGUGUGAACCUCCCAGACCAAUACAGAUGUGACUGCAACCCUGGCUACCAGCUGCACCCCAGCCAGGCUUAUUGCAUGGAUGACAAUGAGUGUCUGAGGGACCCCUGUUCAGGAAGAGGGCAUUGUGUCAACAGCGUGGGCUCCUACUCCUGCCUCUGCUACUCUGGGUACACACUGGCCACCUCGGGCACCACACAGGAGUGCCAAGAUGUAGAUGAGUGUGAGCAGCCAGGGCUGUGCAGCAGGGGGCGAUGCAGCAACACCGAGGGUUCAUACCACUGCGAGUGUGAUUCUGGCUACAUCCUGGUCGGGAAGGGACAGUGCCAAGAUAUCGACGAAUGUCGUCAGCCUGGCACUUGCCCUGAUGAGAGAUGCGUCAAUUCCCCCGGCUCCUACACUUGCGUGGCCUGUGAGGAGGGGUACACGGGCCAGAGCGGGAGCUGUGUAGAUGUGAAUGAGUGUCUGACCCCCGGGGUCUGUGCCCAUGGGCGGUGCAUCAACCUGGAAGGCUCCUUUAGAUGCUCUUGUGAGCAGGGCUAUGAGGUCACCUCGGACGAGAAGAGCUGCCAAGAUGUGAAUGAGUGUGCCAGCCGGGCCUCGUGCCCCAAAGGUCUCUGCCUCAACACCGAGGGCUCCUUUACCUGCUCUGCCUGCGAGAGCGGAUACUGGGUGAACGCAGAUGGCACUGCCUGUGAAGACCUAGAUGAGUGCACCUUCCCUGGAGUCUGCCCGGCGGGUGUCUGCACCAACACUGUGGGCUCCUUCUCCUGCAAGGACUGUGAUGAGGGUUACCGGCCUGGCCCCCUGGGCCACACCUGCGAAGAUGUGGAUGAAUGUGAAGACCUCCGUAGCAGCUGCCUGGGAGGCGAGUGCAAGAACACAGCAGGCUCCUACCAAUGCCGGUGUCCCCCGGGCUUCCAGCUGGCCAACGGCACAGUGUGCCAGGAUGUUGACGAGUGCGCAGGGGAGGAGCACUGUGCACCCCGCGGCGAGUGCCUCAACAGCCACGGCUCCUUCUUCUGUCUCUGCGCACCUGGCUUUGCCAGUGCAGAGGGGGGCACAAGCUGCCAGGAUGUGGAUGAGUGCGCAGCUGCAGACCCGUGUCUGGGAGGGCGCUGUGUCAACACCGAGGGCUCCUUCAACUGUCUGUGUGAGCCUGGCUUCCAGCCCUCCCCACAGAGCGGGCAGUGUGUGGAUAUUGAUGAGUGUGAGGACUACGGAGACACAGUGUGUGGGGCUAGGAGCUGUGAGAACAGCCCUGGCUCAUACCGCUGUAUCCUGGGCUGCCAUCUUGGCUUCUAUAUGGCCCCGACUGGAGACUGCAUUGACACAGACGAGUGUGCCAAUGACACCACGUGUGGGAGCCAUGGCUUCUGUGACAACAUGGAUGGCUCCUUCCGCUGCCUCUGUGACCAGGGCUUCGAGACCUCACCCUCAGGCUGGGACUGUGUUGACGUGAAUGAGUGUGAGCUCAUGCUCGCCGUGUGUGGGGCUGCGCUCUGCGAGAACGUAGAGGGCUCCUUCCUGUGCCUCUGUGCCAACGACAUGGAGGAGUAUGAUGCGCAAAAAGGGCUGUGCCGUCCUCGGGUGGUUGGAGCUCAGAGCAUCCCUGAGGCCCCAACAGGGGACCACGCCUCAGGCCCCACCCGCAUGGACUGCUACUUUGGACAGGAUGGCCAUCUGCCCUGCUCCAGCAUCCUGGGCCGCAACUCCACGCAGGCCGAGUGCUGCUGCACCCAGGGUGCCAGAUGGGGAGAUACGUGUGACCUCUGCCCAUCUGAGGACUCUGUUGAAUUCAGAGAGCUCUGCCCCAGUGGAAAAGGCUACGUCCCUGUGGAAGGAGACUGGACUUUUGCAGAGACCAUGUACACAGAUGCUGACGAGUGUGUGCUGUUCGGGCCUGCUCUCUGCCAGAAUGGCAGGUGCCUCAACACAGUGCCCGGCUACAUCUGCCUGUGCAAUCCUGGCUACCACUAUUCAGCCUCCCGAGGGAAGUGUGAGGAUCACAAUGAGUGCCGGGACAUGGCCUGUGAGAAUGGUGAGUGUGUGAACACAGAAGGCUCCUUCCACUGCUUCUGCAGCCCCCCACUUACCCUGGACUUCAGUGGGCAGCGCUGUGUGAACAGCACCAGCAGCAUAGAGGACCUGCCUGACCAUGACAUCCACACGGACAUCUGCUGGAAGCAAAUCACCAAUGACUUGUGCAGCCAACCCCUGCAUGGGCGCCAGACCACCUACACAGAAUGCUGCUGUCAGGAUGGCCAGGCCUGGAGCCAGCAGUGUGCUCUGUGUCCCCCCAGGAGCUCGGAGGUCUAUGCUCAGCUGUGCAAUGUGGCCCGGAUCGAGGCAGAACGUGAGGCUGGGGUCCACUUCCGGCCAGGAUAUGAGUACAGUCCUGGCCCAGAUGACCUGCACUACAGCUUUUAUGGCCCAGACGGGACCCCCUUCUACAACUACCUAGGACCUGAGGACACCAUCCCUGAGCCUCCCUUCUCCCACAAGGCCAGACACCCAGUCCUUGAGCCACCCCUACAGCCCUCCGAACUCCAGCCCCACUAUGUGGCCAGCCAUCCAGAGCCCCCCGCCGCCUUCGAAGGGCUUCAGGCCGAGGAGUGCGGCAUCCUGAACGGCUGUGAGAAUGGCCGCUGUGUGCGUGUGCGGGAGGGAUACACCUGCGACUGCUUCGAGGGCUUCCAGCUGGACGCAGCCCACAUGGCCUGCGUGGAUGUGAACGAGUGCGAUGAUUUGAAUGGUCCUGCUGCCCUCUGUGCCCAUGGUCACUGUGAGAACACAGAGGGUUCCUACCGCUGCCACUGCUCCCCAGGUUACGUGGCCAAGCCAGACCCCCCACACUGUGCUGCCGAGUAGCAGUGAGGAGUGUGGGCAGCUACCUGGAAAUGGUCUCCAGCCACACGCAGAGGCCUUGAGGAUGCUUUCCUAGCUGAGAAGACACCGUGACAACAUCAGGCUGGGGUCCCACCGGCCAGCUCCAUCAGACUUGCCUUUCGUCUCUCCCAGCUUAGGCUCUGGCUGUGAGCUUGUCACUGCCUCCAUGCCCUUGCUUGGCUCAAACACCGCCAAAUGCUUUUAACGCUUCGGCCAUGGGCCGUGAGGCCCAGCCCACCACCUGUCCCAGCCUUGCUGUGGGAUGCUAUCAGAAGGCCCUCUCCCUCCCCUUCAGGCUGUGCAGACCUGAAAGCCCAGUGGGCUCCCACUGCAGGUGCUCCUUUCCACCCAUGACCUACACAUCAUCUCACUGACUCCACAACUGGGACAGAAGCUACGUCUGCCCUGGGAUGGUCCUUCAGAAUCUGAGCAAGAAAGGGUUUGGCAGUUUGGGGGUGACUCCAAUGCCCCUUUUAGAACUGUCACUGCCACACAGCUAGUCUGGGCCCUGCUUUUGCAACAUCUCCACCAUGCAGCCAGUUCUGUGGCCUCAAGGAAGGAGAGAAGAUCCCCUCAUCUGAGAAGCAAGACUGGUAUUAGCUGGCUCCGUGUAACAGACUGAAAUGAAGAGGAGAAAAGAGCUGGAAAAGCAGCAAGAGGGCACAAGAAAGCAGUAUGAAAAUACAGGAAGCUGAUACAAUAGGGGAUACAAGUCUAAAGAAAUAUUCAGUAGCUUUGGGUGAAUAUUCAAAUUUCAUCCAGUGAUAGCCCCUGUGCACUAGCAGCAAGGGCUGCCACAGAGUACUCGUCUCCAAAGACCUUUAUUAAAUAUAUAUACACUUCUUACAGGAAUCAGAUCUCCUCGGUGAAAGCCAGUUUGAUCUGCUAACAAUAAAAAGGUCUAUUUUCUAGUGUGAGCUUGUUUGGAGGAAGCCAGAUUUAUAAUAUUGUGUUCUCUUCUGCUUGGAAUCCCCACCCUCCACUUCAGAAAGCCCAUGUCUGGAAUCCCUCUGGGCUUACAAGCAGACUCUUUGCAGACCAGGCUAGCUGGGAGUUCAGAACCAUGGUAAAGAAAUAUACAUCCUGGCUCUUCUGUUCCCGUUUUUAUUUCUGUUAGGCCAGCUUUCUGUACCACACUGGCUAAGUCUAAAAAUUAAGAGAUGAGGCCACUCUGGCAAUAGCACACUAUUGGGUUCCAAUGGGGAAAAGCUCUUUACUACUUAAAGACAAGGAAAAUUCUGACUGUAUUUCUCUGAUGAAUAGCAAUGUAAAUGAGGCUGCAUGUGACUAGAGAUGGAGGUAAAUGCUACUUUCUUAAUUUAAUCUGUCCUGUCCUACCUGCUGUUCUGAUUGUCAGCCAUCACAUAAUAAUUUAUUGAAGGCUUGUCACAUGCCAGGGACUAUGUUCAGUGCUGUGCAUAAAUUUCAUUUAAUCAUCCAACAACCCUAUUUCUUUUUAUUCUCCAUUUACCAGUGAGGAAAUGGAGGCAAAGAAAGUUAAAAUAAUUUGCUGCAAGUCACUAUAGUAGUUGAGCUGUUUUUAGAAGACAAAAAUGUUUCUUAAACGUGAAAAUAUUCUUCCAUUAAUAAUAAAAGAAAUGUAACUUAAAAUGCAGUGAUACACUUUUUUAAAAGAUUAGCAAAGAUCAGAAACUUUGUUAAGACUCCUAGUUGGCAUCUAGCAAGCAUCUAGGGAAACAGACACUCUCAUACUAGCUGAUAGGAGGUACAACCUUUCAAGAGGACAGUAUGAGUGUGUCUUUCAAAAUUAUAACAGUACUAACUUCUAGGAAUUUAAUAUUCAGAUGUUAACUUCCACACCAAAUGUGAAAUGACGUGUGUAAAAGGUUAUUCAUUACAGUAUUAUUUGUAAUAGCAAAAGAUUAGUUACUAUGGAAACAAAAAAAGCUCUAAUGCCUUCUUAGAAGAUACCCAAAACAGACCAAGAGAUUAUACACCAGUGUUAACAUAUGCUGCUACUUGUCUAAAAAGAAGUGGGUUAACCUCAUCCUUGCCACUCUAGCUCAUACCCAUCAUUCACAGCAUACUCUGCUGUGCCCAGUGCCCUACCCCUAACCCUCCAAACCUUCCUGCUACUUCUUCUUCUAGACAUACUGUGCGCAUGUACACAUUUCCUUUUCCUAAAAGCACAAAUGGUAUAUUAUGCAUGCUGUUCUGUACUUUGCUUUCGUCACCUUAUACUUACAUAAAGAAUUGUCUCAUUCUACUACAUAGCUGUAUACCAUUCCACUGAAUGGAUAAAACAUAAUCAAUCAGUUCCUCAUUGACAGACAUUCCCGUUGUUUCUUAUCUUUUGCUUAUGAUACUGUAAUGAAUAUGCUUGUGCAUAUGUUAUUUCAAAUUAUAUUUCUGGGAUAAAUUCUUUGAAACAAUUGUGGUUUGUGGGGAGGGUGAGAGGGUAGAUAGGAACAAUACUGGGAGACUUUUCACUGUUAAGCCCUUUUGUGUUUUUUUAAACUUGUACAUGUAUUACUUAUUCAAAAA